AUGAUUGCGGCGUCAGAACCUAUGGAGUUUGUGCCUCAUGGCAGAACCAUGAUAGCAAAGCAUCCAGGUCAGAUUUAUGGUAAAGGCUCUAAUAGUUCAACCUCUGAGAACUCCUUGCUAUACAAGCUGACAAACUUUGCUAUCAAAGAUGAAACUGUGUUAGAUACUAAAGAAACAGAUGAAAGGGAAUGGUGGUGCAUUCGGGAAGUUUAUUACAGAAAUAACAAUGAUAUGGAAGAGGAACCAGAUCAAAAUCAAAAGGACCCUAAAUAUGACUAUGGUUCUGAAUCAUUUAGACCUCCAAGUCGCCUCAAAACAGAUUUCAACAUUUCUAUCAAGUCUGAAUUACUUAGCGGUGCUAAAAAAUCAGAGCCUGAAUGUGGAAAUUCUGCAGGCGCUUCUAGGGGCGGAAGUGCCAAUAGUUCUAGCAACAUGUCAAAAAAAUUCAAUCUCAACAGUGGACAGAGUAAAGGACUCAAGAAAAGACCACUUGAUUCAAAAACUGACUGUUCAUAUGAAGAGGAACUCUAUGUAAAAGGUUGCACUGCAGUGUGGUCUAAAGGUUUAAUUUCAACACCUGCUACAAAGUUAUCUGCUCCAGAACAUAGAGAAACAAUUUGUUGCUACACCAUAGAAAAUCCUAUAAAACAUGCAGCAUUCUGCAAUUUUCAUGUUGACAUUAACAAUACCAUGCUAAUUGAUGCAUUGAACUCUCAGAUUGCAGAUGAAAAGAAAAAUAUAAAAAUAGAAGACACAACUAAACAUAUAGAAACCAAAAUCAUGCCCACCAUAGUACUUAUGGAUAACAAGUGCAUGAAAGUCUUUGGAAAUGAUGGCAGAGAAUACAUAAACAGUGUACCUUUCCAAGUUAAAAAGAUUUGGCCAAUGAAAUAUGGUUUAUUGAUAGAAAAGCAAGCAACGCCAGCGAUGCAUAAUUCAAUUCUACCGUCUUCGUUUAUUAAGCUCAAUGAAUCUCAUAACAGCACUUUCUCAAGGUCGAAGACUCAUUUGCCUUUUAAUAUGAGUGCUCGUUUACGUGCCGAAUCUAUAUCAGGUUACGAACAAGAAGUCCCUCUGCCAACUUGCUUCUCUCUGUCACAUCCUUUAGAUGAAGUAACACCUGUAUUAAUGAAAUCACCAUCUCAAGGUUUGCAAUAUUAUAAUGAUGGAGAGCUUCAGAUCAUAUUUGUUAAUGUCAGUCCAAGUAUAAUUCUUCUGUAUGAUUGGAAAACAGGCACUCAUUCACUAUGGAAAAUCAGAAAAGCAACACGAGAUGAGUGUCUUUCAAUGUGCCCAAAUACCAAUUCCACUAUAACAAUGUUUAGUCAGUCAUAUGAUUUUAUUGGCAGUCCUAUGGCUAGCAAUAUUGGGAGGAAUGCAACAAGUUGGGUGACAGGCAUAGGUAGCCCAUAUCAAUCAAAAAAAGGCCCGGGUACACCAAAUUUAUCAAAGUCACGACAAAAUAGUCCAAUGGCGAAUAUAUUCCAUCAACAAGGCAUGUCGCCUCAUGCUUCUAUCGGCCAAGCAUCUUCUAUAUCUAUGAUGGCCAACAUGGCAUCACAAGCUCCACCUUUAUUACCCUUAUACCCCGACAUAUGCUUAGAUCAUAUUUGGACAGAUAGUCAAAUACUCCAUAGAGAUCGUAUUAAUAAUUCAUCUGAUAUGAAAACAUUCCUGCAUACAGACUUAGUAGGACAUGAAUACCUUUGUUUCAUAGUGAAAGUUAGUGGCAUCAGUAAGCUACAAAUUGUGCGUCUUCAAAAAUCAAAUUCUCAAGGGCAGACACCAAAGUGUAAUUUAAUUGUGGGAUCAGUAUCUACGGUGUUGGCUAAAGAUGCUGUUGUAUUGGAACAUUUACAAAUGAUAGCGCUCAUAGAUGAAUUUGGAAAUAUUAUACUGCAGUCUGGAAACAAUGUGGUCGGCAAGGUGCACGUAGGUGGAGUGCUAGCUAGGCUCAUAGAUUCUCCUUACACUAAGCGGACAGCGUUUCAGUCGCCAUUCCCUCGACGAAGCAGUCUACUACCCAGUCGGUGUAACGACGCAUCCGCGUUUGACGACUCGGCCUUACAUUUAUUAUCGCCGGUGCCGCAUACUUCUGCAUCGCGCUUAGAACAAAAGGAAACUAUAGGGCUCAGUGGCCUUUGCGAUGCAGCCGGUUCCCGUCUGACCUUACAAUUCGACUCAGGAGCGAUGUAUCGCAUAUCUUUACCUACGAUAUCUUGCUCAGCGCUUGUUAACAGGUGUUGCACUGCCUUAAAAGCUAUUCUACCCAAAGAUGUUACAAUGCAGAUAAUAAUAAAAUGGUAUGGCGUACGCAACGCGCCAGGUACACAAGAUUUGACACCGGAACAAGAAUGGUCUAUGUUUUCUAAUCUCCUGUUCUCAUUAAUUGGAUAUGACAUUGAGAAAUUAUCACAAACGAAGCACAGUGAAGAAAAUGAGCACACAGAAGUGGCUACAAAGAAACAGAGGACUUCAAGUGAUGGCACACAAGAGGAUUGGGAGUAUCUUCUAAAGUCGAAACUCCAUAAAGCUAUAGGGAGUCCACUAGCAAGUAUCCUGCAUAUUGCUUCGACCAAUCCUGAUGCCAAAGGAUUAAGAUCGAUCAGAUCUAGGAACAGUAUUGAAGCGGAGAAACCUUCACAGUUUAAUACUAAUGCGUUACUCUUUCCAUACACAGUACAAAUACUGUUUUCCUUCCAUUUAGUAUACGAAGAGAUCAAAUUGAACACUUUGCUGUUGAGCGAUUUGAAACCUCUGUCGGGCUUUUUGUAUCAGAUAUCGAAAGAUUUGAAACUGGACGGUUACGUGAAUCAUUAUUGGUUAGACUUUCCAACUGAUUAUAGUUUGGAAUAUGAGGAGAACGAAUUGCAAUUAGACGAUGCCGUUUUGCAAAAGUUGAGCCAGCCGACUUACUUUACUAGUGAACCGCCAAAUGUAUUUAGCUAUAUGAACUCUAUGUUAUUAGACGUAGAUGUUGGUUAUUAUCCAUAUUUGUCGGAAGUGAAUGAUGUAUCGAGGAAUAUUAUUGAGGUAUUAAAUAUUGUGGGAUGUGGUCGAUGCGCAGGAGUGCAAACUAUAACAAGAAGAGAUACAAUGAUGGCGAGCACACCGCGUAGUAGACGCGAUUGCUCACAGUAUUCGUCUCCGUUCUGCCAAGCUGUUAUCACCGUGUGUGAAAGAGGUAUGACGCCACGAGAUGUUGAUAACUUACCACCAGCGAUCGGACUAUUGUUACUGACAAUAUUCAGUCGGUGUAAAAGCGAACCACCAGCUGAUUGGCCGGCGGCAGCGUACAAUCUGGUCAUGAGGGAAGAUUUGGCCCUGCAAGCUGAAAUCUCGGAAACUCUAAAAUCUAACUCGGAGUAUAUGGAAUCACUUGCUCUGGAAGUAUUGGAAAAAGAAACAGCAUACUCCCUUAAUAGUAACAAAAUAGAAGAACAAACACAGCCAAAGAAUGAGGAGAAUGAUACCCACACUGGAAUGGAACACCUAAAUACUAAACUCUUAAGUUUAUUGUAUCCGAGAGAUCACAGAAUGGCAGAAGUAUUCAAUCUCCUGCAGUCGUCAAUUCCAGUCACUAUAAAUUUAACUCAGCGGCCCGAGGUCUCUGACCAUGAUUUCAUAGAAGAACAGGAAAAACACCUUUAUGCCAUCAGCACUAGAACUAUGGCUUUACCGGUAGCGAGAGGCAUGUUGACACUUCGUAGUUUACCUUGUACACCUACUGAGCCUCUAUGUUUGCCGAAGCUCUGUGUGUCUGGCCGUGGCCCCCCACCCAGAUGUAACACCAUUAACCUCGGUGGAGGGGAUGCAUCACCACAGUGCCUUCUGUGGCCAACGUUCCAUAACGGAGUGGCAGCUGGACUGGCACUCGUACCUAUGACAGGAGCUAGUAUUGAUUCGAGUUGGAUAAUUUAUAAUAAACCUCGAGGUACCACUGAGAUGUCUACGGAACAUGCUGGAUUCUUAAUGGCAUUAGGAUUGAACGGACACUUGCGCGACAUGCCUUUCAUGAAUAUGUACGAAUAUCUAGUCAAGUGCCAUGAGAUGAUCAGCAUAGGACUUCUACUUGGUCUUGCGGCUACUUACAGAGGAACGAUGGAUGUACAAGCAACAAAAAUGAUGAGUAUACACUUAGAGCCUCUAUUGCCGCCAACGUCGAUUGAGCUGGAUAUCCAACAGAAUAUUCUGGUAGCAGCUUUACUAGGUGUCGGUCUUAUAUAUCAGGAUACCGGCCAUAUACACUAUGCACAAGUAUUACUCAAUGAAAUAGGUAAACCUCCAGGGCCUGAGAUGGAGAAUUGCGUGGAAAGAGAAGGAUACGCUUUGGCUGCUGGUCUCGCUCUAGGUUUAGUCUGCGUACGAGCAGGACCGAAUGCCCCAGACCAUAUAGCACAAAGACUACGAACGUAUAUGCUCGGUGGAGACAAACACCCACUUACUGGUGCCCAAAAGGAGAAAUACAAACAAGGCUCUUUCGCUAUUCGAGAAGGUCAAACGGUGAAUCUAGAUGUGACGUCACCAGGUGCUACAGUAGCUUUAGGCUUAAUUUACCUUCGAUCGAACAAUGCCGCUUUAGCGAGUUGGCUUCAAGCACCAACAACUGCUUACCAAUUGGACUUCGUGAGACCUGAUCUACUCAUGUUAAGGAUUAUAUCUAGAGGGUUAGUGUUAUGGGACAGUAUAGAGGCGAGCGAAGAAUGGAUUGAAGAUCAAGUGCCUUCCACGAUAAAGCCGUACUGUUUUGUGAAGCCAACUGAGGAUCACAUUGAUUAUGAAGCCAUGAACCAAGCGUAUUGCAACAUAAUAGCCGGUGCUUGUUUCUCCGUGGGCCUCCGAUUCGCCGGAUCCGGCGAUGAGGAUGCUAGAGAUGCGGUCUUACAUUACGCGAGACUGUUCCUAGCCUUGGGCGGUAAAAGUGUCGCCGAGUUGGCCGGGCGGUCUACGCUCGAAGCAUGUUUGUGUGUAUGUUUGUUGGCCGCUGGCAUGAUAAUGGCGGGUCGCGGAGACAUAUCUGUGUUACGGUUGUGUCGUCGACUGCGAGCCCGCGUCCCCUCCACCCCCGCCACACCAUCUGCCCCCGCCCUCACGCACGGCGGACAGAUGGCAGUCCAUUGUACCAUAGGACUGCUGUUUUUGGGUGAAGGUAGAGCAACACUGAGCACAACUCCCACGUCAAUAGCUGCGUUACUGGCAGCAUUCUUUCCUAAAUUCCCAACACAUAGUGAAGAUAAUCGAUACCACCUACAAGCUUUCAGACAUCUAUACGUGUUGGCUGUGGAACCAAGACUGAUAUUACCACGUGAUCUAACCACUGGAAAUCUAUGUUAUGCACACAUACAGGUCAUAGAUUUACAAGGGAUCGUAAAAGACAUGAAGGCACCAUGUAUUAUACCGGAAUUGGACACGUUGAGAGAGGUUAAGAUAAACGACGUCAGGUAUUGGCCUAUCACAUUUCAACGAGAUCGGAACUGGGACCAGUUAAAAACUCUAUUAGAGUACACUUGGUGUAUAGAUAUAAAACAGCGCGCCGGAUGCUUAUCAUAUCUGGACGACCCGCAAGGUUUCCUCACCAUUUUGGCACAAACUUUGACCUUGGAUAAGAGCAAUAUUUGGUCAUCAGCACCGGACAAUAUUGAACUGUUCACCAAUGACGACAAAGUGAGGAGUUUUGUCAAACAUUAUCUGUCAAAAGACCUAAUCGUUGCUGCCAACAUUUGUGCCGACUGCUUACUCGUCAGCAAAAAGAGGAAGGGCGUUAAGAACGAACCUUUUAUGACGAAACAGUGUUUGUGCAGAAAAUACAGUAAGGAAGAACAGGAGCACAUACAAGGAUUGAGUAUGGUUACGUACGAAUGUGUAGUCAAAGAUAUACUAUGUGCUUUACCUAUAUGGACAACGUUCUUGAAGAUAGUAAAAACUAUGAAAACUGACCCUUCGACAUAUCACAUGUGGCAAAUCAAAAUGCUACUGUCACAAAUAGAGAACCACAACAGGCGAAUAAUGGACGAAAUGAAAGUGGACGGACAGGACGUCCAGAACGAGCCACUCAUAUCGACAGAGUUCACAUUAGCAAUAAAACAAAGAGUUUCCAACAUAUUCGAUGGAUGGGAGAUCAAGAUUAUACCUUAUUUACGCAAGUAUUUAGGUUUACCCAGUAGUAGAAAGAUAAGUUCGUGCGAUGAUGAUAUGAGAAAAAUACUCAGUUCUUAUCUGGUGUUCCACGAUUUACCUAAAGGUGUUUUGAGAAAUGUCUCCAGUGAUAACGAGUUGAGUGUUAUUUUGGACUUGGAAAGAUUCAACUUGAGCGUAGAUGCUUUGAGUAAGAUAGAGACUUUGCUUAGAUGA